AACAACAGGCCACUUUCGAGCGCGCUCUGUAGCCAUGCGGCUGGCGGCGACGCGCGGCCCCCGUCCCGACCGAAGUUACGCGGGGACACGGCGAGGAACAUGAGCAAGGGGAACGGCGCCGGUCGGAGCGCUUCUCUGAACUUCACCAUCGACAACAUCCUCAACUUGAGGCCGCCGGGGAAGGACGACUCCGGCGAAAAUGGGUGCGAAAACGACGCCUUUGAGGAGGCGUGGGGCGUCCCGAGGCGGCGUGAGCCCGGAUCCCGGGAAACAGUCGUCGGCGACACGUCAGAACCGCGACCCGCAGCCGGCGCCAAGAAAAAGACGCGCACCAUCUUCUCCAAGAGGCAGAUCUUCCAGCUGGAAGCCACGUUCGACGUGAAGCGCUACCUGAGCAGUUCGGAGCGAGCGGGCCUGGCCGGCGCGCUGCAGCUCACCGAGACCCAAGUGAAGAUCUGGUUCCAGAACCGCCGCAACAAGCUCAAGAGGCAGCUGUCGGCGGACGACGACGGGCCCGCAAGCGCGCACGUGCAGAGCGUUUACAAAGAGAGCCUGCGUCUGUUUCCGAUGCCCUUCCCAGUCUUUUAUCCCAACGCAAUCUACUUCUCCAACACGGCCAAAUGUUUGGGACUUUUCGAUGCGGAUAGAUGAGUAAAGCCACGCCCCAAAAGACGCGGGGUGUCCAAUUCCACUUGGAAGAGGCGAAAUUGCAAAACUUUUGAGUCGGGCACGACCGAUUAAUCGACCAAUAUUACCCUCUUUUCAAAUCGGCAAAAAUCGGGCAAUUUAUUUAUUUUGUAUUCUUUUUUUUUCACAUUGCAACAUCAGACAAAGAUAACAUGUCGACAUUCAAACAAUUUUUCUAAAAUCCUAAAAAAAAAAAAUGUUUUGCCGAUUCUUUGUUACCUUUAGUGUUGUAAGUGUUAAAGGACCCAAAAAAAGGUCUUUUAUUCAUUAUAUAUUUUUUAACUUAAUUGGCGGAUUAAUCGAUUAUCAGAAUUUUAUUCUGCCAAAUAUCAGCAUUGGCCUAAAAAAAAAAAUUUGCGUUCAGGCCCUACUUUUGACAUCAGCACGGACAUCAUCGAAGCUUUAAUGACUCGCCAGAAAACAUGAAAGUCUGAAUUGCUCUCUGAGGUCCGAACAAAAGAUUUUGUGGCCAUGUCUAUUAUGAGUAUUGUAGAGCCACAAAAAAAAAUAAAAAAAAUUUUAAGUACGAGACACAUACUGAGACAAUAAUGAUUUUGUCCUGACCUUAUAAGGUAUUUGUACAUUAUGCCUUCGAGUGGAAGAGCAUUUAUUUGUUCUGCCUGUCACUACACGUCACUGGCAUAGAUAGAGUAGAAUAGAUAGAUGAACAAAAAUACAUUUGUCGUUAAUAAAUAAUAAUUUCCUGACUAAAUAAGUGAAGCUGGAUAAUUGGGACAGUUGGGAAUCACUGGACUGGACAGAUGGUCAGCGUCAAUUUUGUUAAUCAGUUUGUGAAACUUUGUCGCUGAAUGAUCAAUUAUGUAAUAAAACGUAACAAUUGUUGAACAUGAAUCAUUUGAAAGAAUGGUUCGAUUCAGAAUUGCAUGGUGGGCCGCAUUCAAUGCUCUUGUGGGCCAUAGGUAGGUUUUCCCCAUUUGAAUGCAUGCAUGCAUUUUUGGGGGAAGAAUGAGUAUAGCUGUAUGUAUUUUAUUGUAAUGCUGCA